UAGUUAACAGCGUAGAUAAGGCGGCACAGCGGGCGUUCACUUCAGUGGCUUGCUGUUAUCAGUCGAAGCUUGUUCUCUAACCGAACCAACAAUGCGCGUGCGCACCACACUUCUCGUCAUCGCCACGGCGGCCGUUUUCGUGCUUGUUCGGGCUUGUGAGCCGGAGGAGACUCAACCUGGGUGCAAGAUACUUGGCUCGACGUGCACUUGCGGUUACGGGUGCAAAACUGAAUUCAUCUUUCGUACUAGACGAGAAUGUAUGGAGGCUUUAAGAGAGAGGAGCGCCAAUGCUUGCACGCGUAUACCGUGCAUGAGAGGAAUUUGCACUCAGACCGUGCAGCAACCAGGGUUUGCUUGCAAAUGUGAGGGCACUGGUUUUUUUGGACAACGGUGUGAGAAAGCAUGCCCCACCGUUGCUGUGCGAGGAUUGAUUUUUCCACAUGAAUGCGUCGUUAUAUGAUGCAGCUAUUUUUCUAUUAUAUCUUUUUAUUUAUUUAGUAAAAAGUAGCUGUAAUUUGACAUACUACUAACAUAUAAUAUAAUUUUUAUUCAUAAAUAAUAAUCACACAAUGUGCCAUAUGUAACAAGAGUAGAAGUAUGUUCCUAUAGAUUUUUAUUCUCUUCGUAUUUAAUCUUCUUUCAAAAUAAAUGUCAUUAAAAAAUAUAA